UUCAUGCUUUGUGAAUGAAUUGUUGCAAAGUGAGAGCACAUUGCACUUGUUAUAAUUGCAUGCCUCACUCGGUCCGGUUAAACCACCCUCCAGUGUUAAUGGACACAUCUCAUUCUUUAAAUGCAACUUGGAUGAUUGAUACUUUGCUGUUUCGCUUUUUUUGUUUGUUUGUUUUGUUUUUACUUUUCUCCUAAAAGCAUCUUUUUUUACUUACAUUUACAUAGAAACAAAAUUCAGGAAAUCCUAAAGGAAAUUGCCUUUGGUUGCAUGGCAAGUUAAGGAUACUGACCUGUCACUGACUUCUUGUCUGGGAGUUCACUUCUGUAUUUUUCAGCACUUCUGGAAUGACCAGAAAAAGCAUCUUGCUGGAUUAGGCGACAUUGACACUCAUGGGUCUGCCUUAGAGGGUGCCUAGCUUGAGACCCUGUCCAUACAGAAGCUGGCACAUUGUUUGAGAGGUGACGGCUGUCUGUACAGCGGCUGUCUGUGGCAGUUGUGUUUGCAGGCAGAUUGCUAUGAUCUGGGCCCCCUUUGUGCCAUUGGGUCGAGUCUUUCCACACAGUGUUACAACAAACGCUGGGAGCAGACAAGAAAGGCUUCCUGAGGAAGUGGCAGUGAGACUUCACCUCACAAUAAUGAACAAAAAACACUUCAGGAGCGGAGAAAGCAGCUGGAGGGCUGAGGGAUACAGAAGACACAGCGAGAGGCUCAAACAGGCAAGAUAUGAGAAAUGAGUGUGGGGCGUCGAAGAGUAAGGUUGCUGGGCAUCCUGAUGACAGCAAAUGUCUUCAUCUAUUUGAUUGUGGAAGUCUCCAAAAGCAGUAGCCAAGACAAGAAUGGAAAGGGGGGAGUGAUAAUACCGAAGGAGAAGUUCUGGAAGCUGUCCAGCCUUCCCCGCGCAUACUGGAAUAGGGAGCAGGAGAAGCUCAACAGGUGGUACAAUCCCAUCUUGAACAGGGUGGCCAAUCAGACGGGGGAUCUGUUCACAUCUCCAAACACAAGUCACCUGAACUAUUGUGAACCGGACUCGACAGUCAUGACAGCUGUGACAGAUUUUAAUAAUCUGCCGGACAGAUUUAAAGACUUUCUCUUGUAUUUGAGAUGCCGAAAUUACUCGCUGCUCAUAGAUCAACCGAAGAAGUGUGCAAAGAAGCCCUUCCUACUGUUGGCGAUAAAGUCCCUCAUUCCACAUUUCGCCAGAAGGCAAGCAAUUCGGGAAUCUUGGGGCCGAGAGACCAAUGUAGGGAACCAGACAGUGGUAAGGGUCUUCCUGUUGGGCAAGACACCCCCAGAGGACAACCACCCUGACCUCUCGGACAUGCUGAAGUUCGAGAGUGAGAAGCACCAGGACAUCCUCAUGUGGAACUAUAGAGACACAUUCUUCAACCUGUCUCUCAAGGAAGUACUGUUUCUCAGGUGGGUGAGCACUUCCUGUCCAGACGCCGAGUUUGUCUUCAAGGGUGAUGAUGACGUGUUCGUGAACACCCAUCACAUCCUGAAUUACUUGAAUAGCUUAUCCAAGAGCAAAGCCAAAGACUUGUUCAUAGGUGACGUGAUCCACAAUGCUGGGCCCCAUCGGGAUAAGAAACUGAAGUACUACAUCCCAGAAGUCUUCUACACUGGGGUCUACCCACCGUAUGCAGGGGGCGGUGGGUUUCUGUACUCUGGCCCGCUGGCCUUGAGGCUUUACAAUGUAACUGACCGGGUCCACCUCUACCCCAUCGAUGACGUUUAUACUGGAAUGUGCCUUCAGAAACUGGGCCUUGUUCCGGAGAAACACAAAGGCUUCAGGACAUUUGAUAUUGAAGAGAAAAAUAAGAAAAAUAUUUGUUCAUAUAUAGAUCUAAUGUUAGUACACAGCAGGAAACCUCAAGAGAUGAUUGACAUCUGGUCUCAGUUGCAAAGUCCUAAUUUAAAAUGCUAGAAUACGCGUGAGCUACUCUUCACAGAAAGGCCUAGCCUGACUAGUUCCCAUGGUGUGUUUCCACAGUAGGCAAGUUCUGUGUGAAUCGUUAGCCUUCAUGAGUAGGUAGCCCCCGGGCCUCCAAGUCCCCAGUCCCUCGCCUGUGACGAGGGAAAGAAAGCGGAGGAAGAUAAAUCACCGAGGCAGGGUGCGUGGUUACCGCCCUUCUCUGGCUGCCAGUCCUCAGUUUCUGCUUUUUCUUUCCUCCUCCAGAAGCUGACCGUGAAAAUUUUUUGUUGUUGUUCUUGUAUGUAGUGUGCUCCUGUUUCCGCUUUAAGGAUGGAUGGACAGAUGCCAGAUUAUAUAAACCAAGAUUCCGUAGGACACGACCUGGUGGUUUUGUGCAACGGAAUUCUAUUUAUUUUCGUAAGAUUUUGAUGGAUUUUUAAAGUUGCCUAGAAAGUGGACCGACGUCAGCCCUCCCUGUCACCCGGCAGUAUUGGCUUUUGUUACUAGAAACUGCUACUUUCUUCACACGAGAGAGGCCACGCAGCGCGCGUAGCUUCCGUGUGUUUGGUUUCCUGGGUGGCAUCGUGGUAGUUAACCUAAUUUUAGUAUUUUGAAAAUCGUGAGUGUGAUUCCCUAAUGGCCAACUAAAGACUGAGUAGCCUGACAGCCAUACGGGUCUGUGCGUGUUCAGCGUGGGCCCUUGGAAGCGUUCGUGACUUCCGAACUGGAGAAGAGAAAAUUUGCAGGCAUUUUCCUAAGUGGUUUGUCAGCUUAAAACUCCCAGGUUCUAUUCUUGCCAUAUUCUCUGUCCCAUGUUCAUUCCUUAGAUAAAACUCUCCUGGGUAGCGGCGCCUCCCGAUCUAAGUGGAGGUGCCAGUGUUUUUAUUUAUUGUUUAGAUCAAAGACCAAAACAUUUUCUUAAAAAAAAAUAUUUUGUGUAAUGUUUUAUUUGUAUACAGUGUUGUUUGUGAAAUAUUUAACUAGAGCAUGAUUUUAUUUUUUCCUCAUUUUUUAAUUAGUUCUUUGAGAAUUUCAUACAAUGUUUUUUUUUUUUGAUUGCAUACACACCUCUCCCGUCUCCUCCCAGAUACAGCACCUAGCAUGAUGUUUUAAAUGUCAAGCUGUAACAUGUUAAAUAAAGUUAACUAUUAUUUUUGAAUUAUCGAAUUUGGAUCGGGGGGGGGGUAUGAACUGCUAGAGAAAAUAAAGUUCUGCCAAAUUAUCGCUGACUCUUCUCUUGUAACGUGCUCUCUUGAAAUAUUUUUUGUGCUUUAGAGGGUUCUCCUCUGUGCUACUGGGGACUGGGAAAAAAAGUGGAAAUAAAGUAAUUGUAUUUUUUAA